AUGGGGACUACAGGACUCCAAUUCACAAUAUGGCUCAUCUACCUGAUGCUGAUGGUUGGCUCACUCACUCAGACUGCUAAUGCAUCUCACAUCGGCCGAGUGUGCACGACUUGGGGACACUAUCACUGGAAGACCUUUGAUGGAGACUUCUUCCAGCUGGCCUCCACCUGCAACCAUGUCCUGGCCUCGCAGUGUAAGGGCAGCUAUGAAAAUUUUAACAUCCAGAUGAGGCGCAAGGUAGUCAACAACAUCCCCACCAUCAGCAGCAUCACAAUGAAGCUGGAAGGGUCUGUGGUAGAGCUGUCCGGCAGCUCAGUGAUCGUCAAUGACAGGACGGUGUCUCUGCCGUUCAUCACAUUUGGGGUGACUGUGAAGGGGACCACGUCUAGUAUCACUGUCGAAGCUAAGCUGGGAAUCACAGCUAUCUGGAACAGGGAUGACUCAUUGGAUAUUGAAAUAGAUGACAAAUACCAGGACCAGACCUGUGGACUGUGUGGAAACUUUGAUAGCAUAGCCAAUGAUUUGAUGAAAGACGGAGCUCUGCUGUCUGUGACAGACUAUGCUGAGACCUACAAGGUGAAUGGGCCGACGGAGAGCUGUGAGGAGCCUGAACUUAAGCCUGUCCUGAGCUGUGGUAACAAGGAAUUCUGUGACCGGAUUUUCUCCAGCGCUCUAUUCAACAGCUGCCAAAUCCUUCUGGACGUGGACUCCUUCAGUAAAGCCUGUAUGGCUGACAUGUGUAACUCUAAAGCCAACGACCACUCAGUUGUCUGCAAAACUAUCUCAGAGUUCUCCAGACAGUGUGUCCAUGCAGGUGGCAAGCCGCAACAAUGGAGGAACACAACUUUUUGCUACAAGGAGUGUCCAUACAACAUGAAGUUCUUGGAGUGUAGCAAUUCAUGUCCUGAUAGCUGCUCCAACCCUCAGGCCAGCCAGACAUGUGACAACCACUGCCAUGAUGGCUGCAGCUGCCCUGCCGGAACGGUCUUUGAUGACAUCGGUAAGACUGGCUGUAUUGCACUGAAUGAGUGUCCAUGUCUACACAACAACAAAGUCUACAAGUCCGGAGAGUCGUACUCAUACAACUGUAGAUCUUGUGUGUGUGAGAGCGGUCAGUGGAAAUGUACGGAGGAGAACUGUCCAGGAACCUGCUCUGUGGAGGGAGGAGCUCACAUCAACACCUUCGAUGGAAAAGUCUACACCUUCCACGGUGACUGUUCCUACGUUCUGGCUAAGGAAACUAAUGGCUCUUCAUACACUGUGCUGGUGGACCUGGUCAAGUGCGGUCUGGCUGACAGUAGGACCUGCCUCAGAGCUGUAACUGUGGCCUUAUACAGCAAUUCUGUGGUUGUUAAAAUUCAGGCAUCCGGGCAGGUCUUUGUGAACCAGAUUCUUUCUCAGCUUCCACUGUUUACACCGGAUCUGAGUGCCUUCAAGCCGUCAUCCUUCUACAUCCUCAUAAGUACCAGAGUGGGCAUACAAGUGAUGGUCCAGCUGUCCCCCGUGAUGCAGGUCUUCAUUUCAGCUGACACUUCACUCAAAGGAACCACCUCUGGUUUGUGUGGGAACUUCAAUAACAUAAUGAGUGAUGACUUCAGAGUGAUCAGUGGGCUGGUGGAGGGUACUGGCACUGCAUUCACCAACACAUGGAAAACAAGAGCCAGCUGCCCCGACAUCACAGCACGCUUUGGACACCCCUGUAGCCAGGGCAUCAGCAAAGAGAGUUAUGCACAGUAUUGGUGCUCCAAACUAAUGGAUCCCAAGGGUGUGUUUGCUCCUUGCCACUCUGUCAUUAGCCCCACCAUGUACAACGACAACUGCAUGUAUGACAGCUGUAACUGUGAGAAAAGCGAGGACUGCAUGUGUGCUGCAGUCUCCUCUUACGUCUACGCCUGUUCAGGGGCAGGAGUCCACCUCAGUGGCUGGAGGGAAACCAUCUGUGGCAAAUUCAGUGCAUCGUGUCUAGCAGAGACAGUGUAUGAGUACAACAUGACUAGCUGCGGACGCACCUGCCGAUCCCUGAGCCAGGCUGACUACUCCUGCCAGACCAAUUUCCCCACAGUGGACGGCUGUGGCUGUGCUGAGGGAACCUACAUGAAUGAGGAGGGGCAGUGUGUGUCCAGUUCAAGCUGUCCCUGUUACGAUAAGGACACCAUUAUUCCUGCUGGACAGGCUGUCACCUCAUCAUCAUGCGCUGCCCCCAUGGUGUACUUCGACUGCUCCACUGCACAACCUGGGGCCACUGGGACUGAGUGUCAGAAGAGUUGCAGCACUCUGGACAUGGCUUGCAUCAAAACAGGCUGUACGUCAGGCUGCAUGUGCCCUGAUGGCCUGGUGUCAGAUGGAGUAGGAAGCUGUAUCAAUGAGACCAGCUGUCCAUGUCUGCACAAUGGACAGGUCUACCAGCCUGGACAGACACUGACUGUGGAAUGCAACACCUGCUACUGCAGUGGAAGGAAGUUCAUAUGCUCCAACAAUGUGUGUGAUGCUGUCUGUGGGAUCUAUGGCGAGGGCCACUACGUCACAUUUGAUGACAAGAGGUUUGACUUCAGUGGACAGUGUGAAUACACACUCCUGCAGGACUAUUGUGGUCAGGGCAAUGGAAGCUUCAGAAUUAUCACUGAGAAUGUUCCAUGCGGAACCACGGGAACCACCUGCGCCAAGAGCAUCAAGAUCUUCCUGGAGGAUAAUGAAUUCCAACUUAAAGAUGAGACCUUCCAGGUGGUAAAGGGCAGCAGCCAAGUGCUCCCUGCUCAGGUACACAAGAUGGGUAUUUACCUGGUGAUAACGAUCAAGGCAGGACUUGUGCUCAUGUGGGACCAGAAGACCAGUCUUUUCAUUAAACUCAGCCCCCGGUUCCAGAGUGAAGUCUGCGGUCUAUGUGGAAACUAUGACGGCAACAGUAAGAAUGACUUCACCACACGCUCCCAGGAGACAGUGGCAGAUGUGCUAGAAUUUGGUAACAGUUGGAGGGUUUCAUCCAGCUGCCCCAACGCACAACUAAUCAGUGAUCCCUGUGCCUCCAACCGCUACCGCGCAGCCUGGUCCCAGAAACAGUGUAGCAUCAUCACCAGUGUCACCUUCCAGAGCUGUCACUCACAGGUUGACCCUGGUCCCUACUUUGAUUCUUGCGUGAGAGACUCUUGUGCUUGUGACACCGGUGGGGACUGUGAGUGUCUCUGCACUGCUGUGGCUGCCUAUGCCAAAGCUUGUAAUGAAGCUGGGGCCUGCGUUAAAUGGAGAACUCCAAAGCUGUGCCCUGUUUUCUGUGACUACUAUAACUCGCCUGAUGGUUGUGAGUGGCACUAUAAGCCAUGUGGAGCUGCCUGCAUGAAGACAUGUAGAAAUCCAUCAGGAAACUGUUCCAACCUCAUCACUUCCCUGGAAGGCUGCUAUCCACAGUGUCCCCCCACCAAGCCUUACUUUGAUGAAGACACCAUGAAGUGCGUUGCCUGGAACCAGUGUGGCUGCUAUGAUUCCAAAGGAACCCAUUACAGCAUUGGAGAUAAGGUUCCAUCAAAGAACUGUUACACUUGCUCCUGUACAGUUUCUGGAAUAUCGUGCAGCUACAAUGUGAACUCGUGUACAUGCUUCAUUAAUGGAAAGACCUACAGUUAUGGGGAAACAAUCUACAACACGACAGAUGGGCUUGGACACUGCAUUACAGCUGAGUGUGGGGCCAAUGGAACUGUAACAAGAAACAUACACCCGUGCUUGACUACCACCACCCCUGGGAUUACAACAGGCACCUUCACAUUCAGCACAGUUCCUGCUAGUACCACCACCACUAGAGCACCUUCAAGCACAACUAAGGGAACAACAACCAAACAAGUCCACACAACAACAUCUGAGGAAACAACAAUCAGUGUUGAAACAACAAAACCACCCACAAUCACCACUGGCCCAGUGACCACCUCUACAACAACUACUGUUGAAACUACAACCUCAGUGCCUGGUGUCACAACAAGAAGUUCAGAAACCACAGUGGUGACCUCAAAACCAUCUGUUAGCACCACAACUACUGAGGGACCUUCAACAACCAGGGACAUGGUUUACAAUGUCACUGAUGGCUUAGGGUGGUGUUACAUUGCAUAUUGCAAUGCAUCUUGUAAUAUUGUGGCAGAGCCCAGUCUAUGUAACACAACACCGAUACCCAGCACAACCGCCCACUCUACUACUACAUUGUUCAGCACCUCUACAAAGGCCACGAUUUCAAGCUCAGUUCCUCCCUCCACAACUGUUCCUACUUCUUCUCACAUUCCAUCAACAACCCCAUCAACAACAACCCUGGACUGCAAUGAUGUGGAUCCACCAAGAAAGAAUGGAGAAACCUGGAAGGCUGACAACUGUACCACAGCUGUGUGCACUAAUGGCAAGGUCACGGAGACACAGACUCCCUGUCCCACAGUGGAGCAACCAAUCUGUGCCAAUGGACGCAAAGCUGUCAAGGUUUAUGACGGAUGCUGCUUCCACUAUGAAUGUGAAUGUGUGUGCAGUGGUUGGAGUGGAGCCCACUACAUGACAUUUGAUGGAAAAUCAUACAGUUUUGAUGAGAACUGCACUUACUACCUGGUCAAAGAGAUAAUUACUAAAUAUAACUUGACUAUUAUCUUAAAUAACCAAGACUGCGAUCCUUCGGACAGCACAUUCUGCCCCCAGUCUCUCUAUGUUAUAUACCAAUCCUACAAGGUCGUUUUGACUCAGUUGAAGACUUCAGGAACAACUAAUGUGGUGUACGUGAAUCAGAAACGUAUCUAUCCCGCCUACAGCAAUUCCGUCCUGCGCCUCACUGGCACAGAUAUGGUGAUCACACUGGAGAUACCAGCGAUCAGCACAAAAGUGGUCUACAGGGGCAACUCAUUCAGCAUUGACCUCCCCUAUUCCCUCUUUGAGGGGAACACUGAGGGACAGUGUGGAACCUGUGACAACUCGAAGAACAACGACUGCCGUUCUCCCAAUGGCCAGGUGGAAAGCUGCUCAGACUCUGCAGGCCAGUGGCAUGUCCCAGGUACAUCCUGUGUCACCCCCACAACUCCACCAACUAUGACUACAUCAACCAGCGAGACCACCACAAAACAAACAACAACAUCUUUUUGCAAACCUGCCAUCUGCGAUCUUCUAACCAGCAGUGUAUUUGAACCGUGCCACAAAGUCAUAUCACCAGGACCAUUUGUGAGAUCUUGUGUUUACGACAUUUGCAAAAGUGACAAUAACAGCUGCUCCAGCCUGGAGGCCUAUGCCACUGAGUGCGCUAAUGGAGGAGUCUGUAUCGACUGGAGGAACGCUACUAAUGGACAGUGUGAGCACAAGUGUCCGAGCAACAAAGUGUACAUGGUCUGUGGCCCCACUGUGGAGCCUACAUGCAACAACGGAUACAACAAGAAGUUCCAGGCUGAUGGCAACACAUCCACUAACUACACUAAGGAGGGCUGCUUCUGUCCUCAUGGCACCACCUUAUUCAACACUGUCUAUGACGAAUGUGUUACCUCCUGCGAUUGUGUUGGACCUGAUGGAAAACCAAAACAGCCUAAUGAGACGUGGAAAAGUGGCUGCAACAACUGUGUGUGUGACAAGGACUCCAUGAGCAUCCAGUGUGAGCCCAUCAAGUGCUCCACGGCACAGAGCCCCAGCUGCAGCGAGCCUGGCCAGCAGCUGGUCAACAAGACAGACGGCUGCUGCACAACACAGUCAUGCGAAUGUAACGUGAACCUGUGCCCUGCUGUCAUCACCUGCCCGCUGGGCUUCAGAGUCAACGCCACCAAAGGCACUUGCUGCCAGUCCUAUGAGUGCGUUCCUAAAGGUGUGUGUGUCUAUGACAUGAAGGAAUACAAGCCUGGUGCCAAGAUACCAACACCACAAACAACAUCAGAACCUCCACUGGCAUCACCAUCACGAUCACCAUCAGAAGCAUCAUCAGGAUCACCAUCAGGAUCACCAUCAGAAGCAUCAUCAGGAUCACCAUCAGAGGCAUCAUCAGGAUCACCAUCAGAGGCAUCAUCAGGAUCACCAUCAGGAUCACCAUCAGAGGCAUCAUCAGGAUCACCAUCAGGAUCACCAUCAGAGGCAUCAUCAGGAUCACCAUCAGAAGCAUCAUCAGGAUCACCAUCAGCAUCACCAUCAGAGGCAUCAUCAGGAACAGGACAAUCAUCAGGAACAACAGCAGCAUCAUCAGGAAAGGAAGCCAAACAGGAAACUACAUCAGAAGGGUCGUCUGACCCCGGGCCCUGCCAGGACUGUUACUGUGGCCCCAAGGUGGAUCCCACCACAAAGCUGAACAUCAUUAACUGCAAACCUCUUGUCUGCAACACAACCUGCUCAAAAGGUUAUGAAUAUCAGACUUCACAUGACAAGUGCUGCGGGACCUGUGUUCAGAAGAGCUGUAUUUUCACCACACCUGACAACACCACGCAAGUCAUUGAGGUCAACAACACUUUUGUACCCUCUGAUGACAAGUGUGUGGUAUAUACCUGUGAGAAUAUCAAUGGACAGCCUGUUACCAAGGAAACCAAGAGCAAUUGUCCUCACUUUAACCCCUUGGACUGCGAACCUGGCACCGAGACAACCGACGCUAACGGAUGUUGCAAAUCCUGUAAGAUCCGGAGUGUGUGUGAGGUCCAGAACGAGCCGACAGUCAUCGAGGUGAACGGCUGUAAGAGCGCGCAGCCGGUCAACAUGACGUCCUGCUCCGGACACUGUGGAAGCUCGUCCAUAUAUUCAGCAGCAGCUAACAAGUUCAUGCACCAGUGUGAGUGUUGCCAGGAGACCUCCACCAGUCAGAAGCAGGUGGAGCUGGUCUGCGCCGACGGCUCCAAGGAGCAGCACAGCUACAUGGUGGUGAAUGCGUGCAGCUGCAGCAAAUCAGAGUGUGUGACGUCCAAACCACAACGCCGCAGGAGACGCUGAUCAGUCACUGACCGAUUGAACCUGGACUGAUUUAAGCCUCAUAAACACUAUGACUUAACCUUCCAGCUUCUUCUUCUUUGUGUCAGGUUUUAUUAUUUAUAGCCCAACAUGUGCUCUUCUUCUUCACUGUCACAACAUGUUACUGUGUUGUAAACUUUCUUCAUUUUAGGAUUUCUUGGAUGAUAAUUAUUAAAAUUAUA